AUGGAUUACUCAAUGAGAAUUUCUGAUGGAUUUGAUGAAGAAGACAUCAAUGAUUCAAAUAAUGGUAAUCGAUCAUCCAACAUGCGUUUUACAAUCUAUCAGACAUCAAUACUUGAAAAAUACAUGGAACAAAAUUAUCAUCCAGAUAAGGCCCAACGAAGUCAAUUAGCUGAAGAGAUUGGGCUUGAGCCCAUACAAGUGAAAUAUUGGUUUCAAAACAGAAGAACUCUAAUGAAGAAACAAAAUAGUAGAGAAAAUAAUAAUGCUCUGCGUGUUGAGAAUGAUGAUCUUCUUCAUGAAAAUAUUCACUUGAAGGAGGCAUUGAAGGCCAAACUUUGCAGAACUUGUGGGGGUCCUCCAGUUGCUUCUAAAGAGCAUGAACUUUACAUGCAAAAUAUGGGAGAGCAAAAUACCAGACUUAAAGAAGAGGUUGAGAAAGCUUCCACUCUUUUAGCAAGGUACUCAAGGAAAGAGAUGUCACUAGAUGAGUUUAAGCAAUCUCUUGCUCAAACAAAAGCAAUUGCAAGAAACUUACAAGUUGAAAUUCCACUUAGACAAGAAAUUGGUGGAAGUUCAAGUCAUAAUCAUGGAAUGUUAGUGAAAGAACCAAAACCAAUUGGUGAUGUGGAAAAAUCAAUAAUAUCUCAAAUUGCAGCUAUUGCAAUGAAUGAAUUAGUGACACUUGUGCGUGUCCAUGAACCUUUUUGGAUGGAAUCUUCUAGUUUGGAAGAUGAGAUGCUAACUCUUUCUCAUGAAUUUUAUGAGCAAGCUUUUCCAAAACCAAAUCACUUCAAAGGUGAAAAUGUAGUUAAAGAAUCAUCAAAGUAUACUUCACUUGUCAACAUCAGUAGCAUGGCAUUAAUUGACAUGUUAUUGGACCCGAUGAAAUGGGCGAAGUUGUUCCCAACGAUUGUUUCAAAAUCCGAAAUAAUUAAAGUGUUUGAAAACGGAUCAACGGGAAAUCGAGAUGGAGCAUUGCAAUUGAUGUAUGAACAAAUGCAUAUUCUAUCACCUCUUGUGCAACCUCGUGAAUUUUCCAUCAUUCGCUAUUGUAAGCAAAUUGAUGAUGGAGUAUGGGUGAUAACAGAUGUGUCAUAUGAUUCCUCUCUACGAGAAAUUGGUCCAACUACUCGCUCUUGGAAACGUCCGUCUGGAUGCUUGAUUCAUGCAAUGUCUGUCGAUUUUUGUUCGGUUACUUGGGUUGAACAUGUGGAAUUGGGUGAUAAGAUCCAUACACACCGCCUAUACAAAAAUAUUAUUGAUAUCAAUAAUUUAUAUGGAGCAAAAAGUUGGAUUAAAGAGCUUCAAAGAAUGUGUGAGAAAUCAGCCAGUUUCUAUGUUCAAAGAAUAUCUAAUCAAGAUUUCGAAGGAGUGAUUCAAACACUUGAAGGGAGGAAGAGCGUGAUGAAGCUUUCACACCGAAUGGUUAAGAUGUUUUGUGAAAGUUUAGCCCUAGAAAAUAAAUUGAACUUUCAAAGUUUAAUUAAAGAGAGUAUUGGGGGGAUUAACAUAUCUGUUGAUACAAAUACUGGUAAAGGAAAACCAAAUGGCACAAUUAUUUGUGCUAGUUCCACACUUCUCAUUCCUCUACAAGCUGAUAAAGUUUUUGAAUUUCUCAUUGAUCAUACCGAAAGAUUUAAGUGGGAUGUACUUUCGUACGAAAAUCCAGUGCAAGAGAUUGCGCAUAUGUCGAAUGGACAUCCAGAAAAUUUCAUUUCUGUUAUUAAGCCUUCGGUCCCGGGCAUUGAAAAUCAGAUGGUGAUUCUUCAAGAAAGCUUCAAAUCAGCUGUGGGAUCAUAUGUUAUAUUUACUCCAACUGAUGUUGCGUCUUUUCAAGUUGCUAUUAAGGGUGAAGACACAAGAGGAAUGCAAAUUCUCUCUUCAGGUUUUGUUGUGUGCUCAAGUGAAAAAGAAUAUGAAAACUCUAAAGUUGGUUCUUUGUUGACUCUAGCUUACCAAAUUCUGGCUUCUACUUCAAAUGAAGGUAUGAUGGUGAGUACACAAGCUGUAUCAAAUGUCAACAACCUCUUGACUACUACCCUUGUCAAAGUGAGAGAUGCACUCAUGAUGAUGUAA